GUUGCCAGGGAGUUGCGCGGGGGGCCUUAAGGGUAAAGCGGCGGCUGCGCGGAGGAGUGUGGCGCUGCUGGGGCUGGGGGUGAGCGACGGCGUCGGGGGCUGAGGGGAGCACCGCGCAGGACGUGUAGUUCCCAGCCGGGAGGCGCCGCCGCCAUUGCCGCCUCGCUCGGUGAGCGCAGCCCCGCUCGCCGAGCCGGGCCUCAGCGGGCCACCAGCACGAUGGGCCAGUGCGGCAUCACCUCCUCCAAGACUGUGCUGGUCUUUCUCAACCUCAUCUUCUGGGGAGCAGCAGGCAUUUUGUGCUAUGUGGGAGCCUAUGUCUUCAUCACUUAUGAUGAUUACGACCACUUCUUUGAAGAUGUGUACACUCUUAUCCCUGCUGUAGUGAUCAUAGCUGUAGGAGCCCUGCUUUUCAUUAUUGGGCUGAUUGGCUGCUGCGCCACAAUCCGGGAAAGCCGCUGCGGACUUGCCACAUUUGUCAUCAUCCUACUCUUGGUUUUUGUCACAGAAGUCGUUGUGGUGGUUUUGGGAUACGUUUACAGAGCAAAGGUGGAAAAUGAAGUUGAUCACAGCAUUCGGAAAGUGUAUAAGACCUACAAUGGAACCAAUCCUGAUGCUGCUAGUCGGGCUAUUGAUUAUGUACAGAGACAGCUGCACUGUUGUGGAAUUCACAACUACUCAGACUGGGAAAGCACAGACUGGUUCAAAGAAACCAAAAACCAGAGUGUCCCUCUUAGCUGCUGCAGAGAGACUGCCAGCAGCUGUAAUGGCAGUCUGGCCCACCCCUCUGACCUCUACGCUGAGGGAUGUGAGGCUCUGGUUGUGAAGAAGCUGCAAGAAAUUAUGAUGCAUGUUAUCUGGGCAGCACUGGCAUUUGCAGCUAUUCAGCUGCUGGGCAUGCUGUGUGCAUGCAUCGUGUUGUGCAGAAGGAGUAGAGAUCCUGCUUAUGAGCUCCUCAUCACCGGUGGAACCUAUGCAUAGUAGCAAACCUGAGCUUUUUAGUCUUGUUCUGAUUUGGAAGGUGAAUUGAGCAGGUUUGCUGCUAUUGGCCUCCUGAGUUGUUUUAGUUAAAGCACAUGUAUACUGGUGUUGGACAGAGCAGCUUGGCUCUUCAUUUACCUACCUGCCUAUGUACCCACCCACCCACCUACCCAUCUACCCACCUGCCCACCUACCUAUGGCUUUCUUUUCCCUUGUUCUAGCUGAUUCUCUUUAAGUUUUUAAGUAUGGUGGAAAAUGUUCUAAUUUCAGAACCAUUUGCAAGUUGUGUAGUGUAGUAGAAUUAAUGGAGGGUGUGGGUCUGCUUUUGUUACCUCCAAGCAUUAAUGGGACUGAUUCUGAAGUAUCACCGGACCCUUUCAGUCUUUAUAAUGUAGAAUUAUUGGCCAAAGGUUUUGGGAGGAGGGGGAAGAAGCCAGCUGUCUGGUUAAUGUUAAUGCCAGAUAGUACCCCUCAUCACUGUCCUUUUAAAAUAUACAUAUACUAUAGUCCAAUAAGAUAACAGUUGUACAAAAUGGCUAAAAUAGACUUUAGAAUUAUAUGGUACAUGUCUUGAUUCAUCUUCAAAAUCAGACACUGAUCUUUGAAACUAGUGGUUUUUAAUCAAAGCUGACUUUAUAGGAGGAGUAUAAUGUAUGCACUACUGUUUUAAAACAAUUAGUGUGAGUGUGUGUGUGUGUUUUUUUAUGAUUGAGCCCAUUCAUCAUAAGUCUUAAAACUCGUUUGGAAAUAAUGUACCCAUGUAGACUAGCAAAAUAGUGCGUAGAUGUGAUAUCAGUUGUAAAUAGAAAAAUCUAAUUCAAUAAACUCUGUAUCACCCCUCGAUAUGUAGUUUUUAAUUAUUUUGGGUGUACUUGAAUUCCA